AUGGCAAGAAUGAUGAGUGAUCCUCUUGUGGUUGGUAGAGUGAUUGGAGAAGUGGUUGAUCCUUUCACUCCAAACGUGAAAAUGGCCGUCACUUAUAAUUCCAACAAGCAGGUUUUUAAUGGCCAUGAACUGUUUCCUUCUGCUGUCACUCAUAAGCCCAAAGUGGAGGUUCAUGGAGGUGAUAUGAGAUCAUUUUUCACUCUGGUGAUGACAGACCCAGAUGUUCCUGGUCCAAGUGACCCUUACCUGAGGGAACACCUGCACUGGAUUGUAACCGACAUACCAGGCACAACAGAUGCAACAUUUGGAAAGGAGGUGGUGAGCUAUGAAAUGCCUCGACCAAACAUAGGGAUUCACAGGUUUGUGUUCCUUCUGUUCAAGCAAAAACGGAGGAAUACAGUGAUGAGUACUCCACGUUCAAGGGAUAAGUUUAAUACAAGAAAGUUUGCAGAAGACAGUGAACUUGGUCUCCCUGUUGCUGCCGUCUUCUUCAACUGUCAAAGAGAAACAGCUGCUAGAAGACGCUAA